AUGCGUGCCGCACUAGUUUUAUCCGCUCUCACAGCGAUGGCCGCUGCGUCGCCCGUUACUUUCAUUAGCGAUCUUUUCAAGCGCGAAGUAGAGGACUUGAAAGAAUACGACGAUGACGACUUCGACCCAAUCAGUUUGUGGCCCGGUAAUUUGACUCAGGAGUCCAACUGGUCUAACUGGACCACUGCUUCCAAUGGAUCCAGUUUGUCCAAUGGAUCCAACGGGACCGGCAUGUCCAUGUAUGACACCCCUAAAUUGCAGGUGUUCAUCACCGGUGGUGAAUACACAAUGUCGAACUGGACCGAUUCCGCCGAUGUGUCCAUUACCACACUUUUCAACCAGUCUAGCUUGAACUCUACCCAGCUCUUCAGCAUUGCCAGCUCUAUCAGCAGCGCUCUCGAGAGCGACGACUACACCGGAGUAGUUGUUCUCGGUUCCGAAAGGUCUUUGGAAUCGCUAGGUUUCUUCUUGAGCGUUGUCACUGACUCACCCAAGAGUUUGGUGGUUACCAGCGAUUUGGAUGAAGGUAUUGCCGUGGCCACUUCUGACGACAGUUGGUGGCGCGGAGUCUUGAUUGCUUAUCAAGGCCUCAUCUACAGCGGUGCUGUCUACACUCCAUCAAACCCUGGUGCCGUAUCCAUCGGCGCUGUGUACGACGGAAUUCCUUGGUUCUGGUAUACUCCAGCAUGGGCAACCAUGCUGUCGCCUGACAGCACCAUCAGAAACGACUACACGAAUUUCACUGAUGUUGCUAUGGCCAACUCCAGCAUGGGCACCAACACUACCACGAUCCCAAUUGUGUUCGAUGGUUACUACAACCCUUCAUUGGUGAGCUCUCUCAGCAGUGCCAUUAAAGGCCUAGUCGUCGUUUCCUCCGGAAAUUCUACGUCCUCAGAAUUGAAGUCUGCUACCAUCCCUGUGGUAUUUGCAAACGAAGAUCAAACUCCCGUGCUUCCAGGCGAUGUUCCAGAUAGCGCAGUCGCUGGAGGUAUCUUGUCGCCAGUGAAAGCUCAACUGCUUCUAGCAAUUGCCAUCACCAACGGAGUGACCGGACACGAUGAGUUGCAGAGCAUCUUCAUCUAA